AUGAGGACAGUUAUACUUCUGCUGACUCUUUUGAAUGGGAUUUAUACAGCCCCGGUAAUGAAAGAGGAAGAAGCAAAGCAAUUCAUCCGUCUGAAAAGACAGGCCCAGUAUCCAGGCACAGGGUACUGGGACCCUUACCACUCACAAAACCAAUGGGGAUACACUAUACAAGAGCAGGCAAAUGAGUACUGGACGAUGCUUCGAGCAGAUGCUCAGUAUUACAUGGACAUGGGCAACCUGAUGUUUGACCGUGCCGUUGCCACUGAAAAUAACAGGCUUUACAUGGAAAUGCUACGGAAUGCUCGAGCUCAUCUUGAUGGACAAACAGAAAGACACUGAGCGCUACAGAAGGACGUGCUGGC